AUGCCGCCGCAGCAAGGGAACUCAGAAUACAUCAGCAAGCCGGUGGCGGCGAGCUGCUGCAGCAGCGAGGUCCCGCCCGUGCCCCCGCGCAGGGUGCGCAGCGGCCCUACUGCAGCGCUAGCAACCCGCUGUCGAGUAGGCGGCGCGGAGAGGCGCAGCAUCAAGUGCGUGCUGGUCGGAGAUGGCGCCGUGGGGAAAACGAGCCUAGUGGUGAGCUAUACCACCAACGGCUACCCCACCGAGUACAUCCCCACUGCCUUCGACAACUUCUCUGCUGUCGUGUCUGUGGAUGGGAGGCCUGUGCAACUCCAGCUCUGUGAUACAGCUGGCCAGGAUGAGUUUGACAAGCUCAGGCCUCUCUGCUACACAAACACAGACAUCUUCCUGCUAUGCUUCAGUGUUGUGAGCCCUUCAUCUUUCCAGAACGUGAGUGAGAAGUGGGUACCUGAGAUCCGGUGCCAUUGCCCCAAAGCCCCCAUCAUCCUAGUUGGAACACAGUCAGAUCUCAGAGAAGAUGUCAAAGUCCUCAUUGAAUUGGACAAAUGCAAAGAGAAGCCAGUACCUAAAGAGGCAGCAAAGUUGUGUGCCGAAGAAAUCAAAGCCUCCUCUUACAUAGAAUGUUCGGCUUUGACUCAGAAAAACCUCAAAGAAGUCUUUGACACAGCCAUCGUUGCUGGCAUUCAAUACUCGGACACUCAGCAACAGCCAAAGAAGUCCAAGAACAGGACUCCAGACAAAAUGAAAAACCUCUCCAAGUCCUGGUGGAAGAAAUACUGCUGUUUCGUAUAAUGCUGGCAAGAAACUCAGAAAAGCUAUUUUCCGAUGAAAUCAUUAUUAGAAGCUACAUUAGCUGAAAUGAUUCCUUUUACUGUGUAGAACUUGUAUGGAGAACAUGGGUGUAUAUUAUAAGAGGCAUUCUCAAUUUCUGUAUCCUUUCUUGCCUUUAAUUUUCUAGUUUGUUUGAGCUGGAGGUGAGAUACUUAUGCAAAAUAUUUUGAAAUAAGAAUUUCUCAUAACUCUGGAAAUUCAGAGUUCUACACCUCUGAAUUAAUGCACAUCUCACAUAAAGAAGACCUCAGAUCUAGAUGUCAGGAAUGACAUUUUGCUAUAGUACAAUGUACAGAACAAAUAGGG